UCGAAGGUAUUGGGCGAUUUGUGAUUAAAAUCAUACGGUAUUUAUUAAAAAAAUACAGCUUUUUGAAGUUUAAAUACUUGAUUUAUAAAUAUUUGAUUGAGAAUUUGAGAUCAACUGAGUGCCAUAAGAAGUUUGUGUGAACUAUAUUUCCUUUUAAUACUAAAUAUAUGAUUUCCUGCAUGAGUAUGGAAAUGUUUUACUUCGUAAUCAUUUGGGCUACGGAAAAAUGAGUCUCGGUCUCGGGAUUUAUUUUUUAACCGUUUUAUGGUUUAUAACGUUGAUGCUCUGUUGGGUUACAAUCCGUACUGGCCAUUAUAUCGGAAAAAUAUCAUUAAUAAUAUCUUCUACAAUAUCAUUAGUAUUAUUGCUUUUGCCAAGUAGCGGAGAACAGUAUGUUAGUGCCAAUUUUUACGACAGGCUAUUUGUGACUCGUUACGCGAUCCUAACAUUCUUGCUUGCCAGUAUUGUCCUCGGAUCUGGGUACGCUUUUGUUUACGUUUGCCUAACGCCAAUCGAAGUUAAAAAAGUUACUCGUAGAGGUCGAUAUUAAUUUGCUUUGACAAUGUCUAAUGCAAUAUGUAAAAGUUUGAGAUCGCCAGUAAGGAAUCUGGCAUCUUUGAAGAAAGCCAUCUCAACCUCACUAGUACAUAAUGAGACUAUAUUAGUUAGGAAUAAUGAAGAGUUUAUUAAUAAGGUCAUGAACAAUGAUAAACCUGUGAUAGUGAAUUUCCAUGCGGAGUGGUGUGAGCCCUGUAAAAUACUGACACCACAGCUGAAGCAACUAAUCGAACCUUUGACAGACCUAGAUCUAGCUGUUGUGGAUGUCGAAGACAAUGCCGAUUUAGUUCACACUUUUGAGGUAAAGGCGGUUCCCGCAGUUAUAGCAAUAAAGAACGGAUUAAUAGUGGACAAGUUCAUAGGCUUAGUGGAAACCGAUAUGAUCACCUGUCUUAUUAACAGGAUGUCGGGUAAAAAGAAGGAGGGCACAUAGACUUUACACAGAAGUGUUUUAAUCCAAUAAUAAUCACACAGUAAUGUUUAAAAGAAUGGUUCCUUCCGCAAACAAAAUGUUUUAUUGUGUUACUUUUUGUACAUUAAUGAUUAGUUAAUAUUUUACUUUCAUUGUUUUAACUAGUAAUCGUAGUGAAUCGUACGGAUUAAUCUUUGGAUAUAAAAUUAUUCUAAUACAGCUAGCGGCAAUGUUACAAAAAAUAUGUAAGAUAAGUUACACACAUUCUCCGGAUACUUCAUGUUACAGCUCAGUUUAGACUGUCUUUAAUGCCCCUUGACACUUAAGGUAGUAGAUCGCUGUCGUGGAACUAAUUAAGUUGUUGUUUCUGUAGUGCUAGAAAGAGAUAGUAGAUCUGCAACUUAUAAAAUAGUUCCUACAUUACAUUAUGCACGGAAUGAUUCUUUGGUGUGUUUCUAGAGUAACACUAGAUACGUGCAACUUAUUAUCUCUAGACGAUUCUUAGCCUAUUAUUCAGCCCCUCCCCUUACUCUUGACGUCGUCGUGGCCUAAAGGAUAAGAGGCCCGGUGCAUUCGUGUUGAGCGAUGCACCGGUGUUCGAAUCCCAGGUGGGUGCCAAUUUUUGUAAUGAAAUACGUGCUCAACAAAUGUUCACGGUUGACUUCCACGGUGAAGUAUUGCAAGAUUCAUGCGGGGCUUGGAGAUGAGCAAUAGAGGACGGGUGAAUGUUACCAAAGAUUUCGAGGGUCGGGAUGUCGGGUGAUUGUUUGCCCAGACACAGCAAUUCAAGAUAUCGCCUCGAGCUGUAGUAGAGAGUUUUACUAAAAGAAAGUUGUUUUUAGGACAUUCAAAAAUCAGAAAGAUUCUAAACAAAAUAUUUAAAUGUAUGGGUUCCAUAUAAAUUUAAAAUUCAAAACCUACAAUUUUCAUAAACUAAGCGAGUGAACAAAAUAAUUAAUUAGA